GUUUGGUCAUGGGAUGUUCCUCCUGUGUCUGGAGGCGGUCUACAGGAAGCUGACGGGUCGAGAGCUGCAGUACGAGGCGCUGCUGGGGAAGCCGAGCCUGCUGACGUACCGCUACGCCGAGCGCCAGCUGAGGCUGCAGAACCGCGGGCGCGCGCUACGCACCGUCUACGCCAUCGGCGACAACCUGAUGACGGACGUCUACGGAGCUAACCUGUACGACCGCUACCUGAGUCAGCAGGAGGCUGCCAUGACUACCGCCCCCAAGCUCGUUGCCCAGGCAACGGGCAGUCAGUUGACGAUGGCGGUGCCAGAGGAGGAGGAGGGGCUAGUGUCUGCUGCCGCUCAGUGCCGCUCCAUCCUGGUGUGUACAGGUGUGUAUCGCCCCGGCGACGGUAACCAGGUCUCAGAGUCGGUGCUGCACGGCCACAGAGACCUGGUCCUGGACCUGGGGCUGCUGGAGCCGCAUCACGUGGUCCAGGACGUGGAGGAGGCGGUAGACCUGCUUCUGCAGGAGAACCUGACCUCUGACCCCUGACACAUCUGACCCCUGAGCCAUCUGAACCCGCUGACCUCUGAACUAUCUGACCCCUGACCCCCCUGA